CAAACGAGAGGGCUCCUUUCUUCCCCGCCGCCGGCCGCCACAGCGCUUCUUCUUCCAAUCUCUCGGCCGCCACACCGGCGUUGUCCUGGAGUGCCGGCGGAGCGGGACCUGCAACCCUGCUGCUGCUGCUGCAUGAAUGCAUCUCAGCUUGAGAAACACAGGAGCUUGCAUCUCAGCUACAGCUUUCAGAUGGGGGCAGCAGCACUGGUUCUAGUCAUGGCUGGCCUCUUGGGAGCUGCAACUGCCAGUGUUGGCGACAAGUGCUCGACGGGCGCGGGCUGCGGCGCUGGGCAGUGGUGCUUCGACUGCGAGCCAGAGCUCGCCGGCUCACACUGCGUCCGCUCAGCCGCCACCAACCCCUUCCAACUUGUUAAUAACUCGUUGCCAUUCAAUAAGUACGCCUACCUCACGACGCACAAUUCAUUCGCGAUUGUUGGGGAACCGUCGCACACCGGAAUUCCACGCAUCACCUUCGACAACCAGGAGGAUACAGUCACCGAUCAGUUAAAUAAUGGUGUUCGCGCGCUAAUGCUCGACACAUAUGACUUUAAAGGAGGUGUGUGGUUGUGCCAUUCCAGCGGAGGCAAAUGCAACGAUUUUACUGCAUUUGAACCGGCACUGGACACAUUCAAGGAAAUUAGUGCGUUUCUUUCUGCCAACCCAUCUGAAAUCGUUACGUUGAUCCUGGAAGACUAUGUUCGCGCGCCAAAUGGCCUGACAAACGCGUUCAAGGCCUCUGGUCUGCAGAAGUACUGGUUUCCGGUGUCGAAAAUGCCAAAGAAUGGUCAGGAGUGGCCUCUUGUCAGCGAUAUGGUCAGAAGGAACCAGCGCCUCCUUGUGUUCACCUCUGCCAGAUCGAAGCAAGUCACAGAAGGGAUUGCAUACCAGUGGAAUUUCAUGGUUGAGAACAAUUAUGGCGACAAUGGAAUGGAUGCUGGAAAAUGCUCGAACCGUGCGGAGUCGGCGCCGCUCAACGACAAGACCAAGUCACUGGUUCUCAUGAACUACUUCCCAUCUGUUCCAAUGAAGCCGACUGCAUGUUUGCAGCACUCGAGGGGCCUUGCUGACAUGGCUAACACAUGCUACGGCGCAGCCGGAAACCGAUGGGCAAAUUUCAUCGCAGUAGAUUACUACAAGAGAAGCGAGGGAGGGGGCGCAUUCCAAGCCACCGAUCUGCUCAACGGCAUGCUCCUGUGUGGAUGCCAGGACGUCAAGGCUUGCGAGGGAGGAUCUAGUGUAGUAUGCUCUGCCUGAAUCUGGGAGAGCUAGGACAUGUAGCAACUGCACAUACAUAGAACAAGGGGAGCUUCUUGGGGGUUUUCGGAUCGUUGUUUUUUUUGGCUGACUUGAACCCUUGUAAAACUGCUGCAGCGGAGAACUGGAGAUCAUGGUGUGAUGAUUUAGUCUCAACAUGAGACAAGACAUACUCUUUUUUUCUUUCUGGGUAGAAGAAAUAUAUACUUAGGAUUCAGAUUUCCCGAAAAAGAAAGUUGAAAAAUUACUGGUUUUGCAACAGAAAAAAGGAGAAGAUGGUGGAUAGUGCAUUACAACUAUGAACGUGGUUCGUCAACAUGAUGCACUCUCGGAGAAGUUGUAGUUGUGCCUGGUGGAAUAUUUGGCAUUAUGGUUAUUUCUUUCAUACAUUUACUGUGACCACUAAAUUUGCCAAAAUUAUUGGCUACUGCGUGUGCGUUGCAUGGAAGGGACGGCAAAUGGCAGAGAAACAGGGCAUGUAUUUAGCCCGUACAGAAUUCUAAAUUUGGUGAAUUACAGCAAAUGUCAUCUGCUCAGAACAGGAUUAUAAAUUUCCGGUCCUUUUUCUUCA